GUGCUGAGGGGGCGCGGCGCGGAGGGGCGCGGAGGGGCGCGGAGCCGGGCGGCUCGGGGCCCAGAGAGCGCCGCGGCCGGGAGCCCGCCGGCCCCUGACAGCCCCCUCCCCCCGGCGGACGACGACGACGAGGACGAGGGCGCCGGUCAUGGCGGAACAGCGAACCGAGCGCGGGCCCUGAGCACCACCGCAUGGAGCGGGACGAACGGCCGCCUAGCGGAGGGGGAGGCGGCGGGGGCUCGGCGGGGUUCCUAGAGCCGCCCGCCGCGCUCCCUCCGCCGCCGCGCAACGGUUUUUGUCAGGAUGAAUUGCCAGAGCUUGACCCGGGCACUAAUGAUCGGGCUGAACAACGAACCUGUCUCAUUUGUGGGGACCGUGCUACAGGCUUGCACUAUGGGAUCAUCUCCUGUGAGGGCUGCAAGGGAUUUUUCAAGAGGAGCAUUUGCAACAAGCGGGUAUAUCGGUGCAGUCGUGACAAGAACUGUGUUAUGUCUCGGAAGCAGAGGAACCGGUGCCAGUACUGCCGCCUGCUCAAAUGCCUCCAGAUGGGGAUGAAUCGGAAGGCAAUCAGAGAAGAUGGCAUGCCUGGAGGCCGAAAUAAGAGCAUUGGGCCCGUCCAGAUAUCAGAGGAAGAGAUCGAAAGGAUCAUGUCUGGGCAGGAAUUUGAGGAAGAGGCCAAUCACUGGAGCAACCAUGGUGACAGCGACCACAGUUCCCCUGGGAACAGGGCUUCAGAGAGCAACCAGCCCUCACCAGGCUCCACACUGUCCUCCAGGUCUGUGGAACUAAAUGGAUUCAUGGCAUUCAGGGAGCAGUACAUGGGGAUGUCUGUGCCUCCACACUAUCAAUACAUACCGCACCUUUUUAGCUAUUCCGCCCACUCGCCACUCCUGCCCCCACAAGCUCGCAGCCUGGAUCCCCAGUCAUACAGUCUGAUUCACCAGCUGGUGUCAGCCGAGGACCUGGAGCCACUGGGCACACCCAUGUUGAUUGAAGAUGGGUAUGCUGUGACUCAGGCAGAGCUGUUUGCCCUGCUUUGCCGCCUGGCCGAUGAGCUGCUCUUUAGGCAGAUUGCCUGGAUCAAGAAACUGCCUUUCUUCUGCGAGCUCUCAAUCAAGGAUUACACGUGCCUCCUGAGCUCUACCUGGCAGGAAUUAAUCCUGCUGUCCUCCCUCACCGUUUAUAGCAAACAGAUCUUUGGGGAGCUGGCUGAUGUCACUGCCAAGUACUCACCCUCUGAUGAAGAACUACACAGAUUUAGUGAUGAAGGGAUGGAGGUGAUCGAGCGGCUCAUCUACCUGUAUCACAAGUUCCAUCAGCUAAAGGUCAGCAAUGAGGAGUAUGCUUGCAUGAAAGCAAUUAACUUCUUAAAUCAAGAUAUCAGGGGUCUGACCAGUGCCUCACAGCUGGAACAGUUGAACAAGCGAUAUUGGUACAUUUGUCAGGAUUUCACUGAAUAUAAAUAUACACAUCAGCCGAAUCGCUUUCCUGACCUCAUGAUGUGCUUACCUGAGAUUCGCUAUAUUGCAGGAAAGAUGGUGAAUGUACCCCUGGAGCAGCUGCCCCUCCUCUUUAAGGUGGUACUUCAUUCCUGCAAGACAAGUGUGGGCAAGGAAUGACCUGUUCCCAGCGCCCCUCCUCAGGCCAACCACAGCGCCUUGGGUGGGCAGGACAGGCUCCAGAAGAAAGAGCCAGAGAGACCAAGAUGGAGGCUGUGGAGCAGUGUUUCCAGUUGCCUCCAUAGCAAGAAGAGUUUUUGUUUGUUUGUCUGUUUUUUUAACCUCAUUUUUCUAUAUAUUUAUUUCACGACAGAGUUGAAUGUAUGGCCUUCAACAUGAUGCACAUGCUUUUGUGUGAAUGCAGCCGAUGCAUUUCCUUGCAGUUUACAGAAUGUGAAGAUG